UAGAAAGCACCUCCGAGAAAGCCGCCGUUGUCUAGAUUCCACUCGUCUGCCAGUAGCGACGAGCAUCAGAUCAGACCCAGCCUUGGGACCACUUCUGGCGGCCUCACCACGUACGGGUCGAGCCACAAUGUCGCACUGCGCUCUUCUGCAGCACGAACCAGGGCAGUUGCAGUGCGGCAGGCUAUGGUGAAGAGGGCGUCGCGGACCGACACGCGUUUCCGACUUCGGACCGAAGCGAGCUACCCCACGCCUAUGUGCGUCUGUGCAACCCCGGUCGUUCCUUCCGAUCUACACCGACAUCAUGGCCCAAAAUUUCGAGCUCCCCAUGCAGUCACCGCGACAGCUCCCAACACAACAACCCGCCACGAUGCCGCCGGCUGCCAUAGACGACUACUCGCGGCCCGUCACGCCUGACAACACGGCCGGACCCAAUGGCGCCGCCACGCCGAGAACGCCCAAGGGCAUGGGCCUGAGCUUGACUGAGUACACGGCGAACCCCAGCCCGCCGUCAGAGGACCAGAAGAGCAAGGCCCAGAGCGCGAUCCCAGAGGCGUUCUUGCUGCCGAACGGGUAUCCUGACUACCUGCGCCUGAUCCUGACGUCCCGCGUCUACGAAGUCGUCACCGAGACGCCCCUCACCCACGCGACCAAUCUCAGCAACCGGCUAGAAUGCAGCGUGCUCCUCAAGCGCGAAGACCUCCAGCCCGUGUUCAGCUUCAAGCUGCGCGGCGCUUACAACAAGAUGGCACACCUCGACCCCAAGGCCCGCUGGAAAGGCGUCGUCGCCUGCAGCGCGGGGAACCACGCCCAGGGUGUUGCGUACUCGGCGCGGCACCUGCGCAUCCCCGCCACCAUCGUCAUGCCCUCUGGCACCCCGGACAUCAAGCACAAGAACGUGAGCAGGCUGGGCGGCAGCGUCAUUCUGCACGGUGCCGACUUUGACGCUGCCAAGGCCGAGGCCGCGCGGUUGGAGAAGCUGCAUGGCCUGAUCAGCAUCCCGCCGUUUGACGACCCGUAUGUCAUUGCCGGACAGGGCACCAUCGGCAUGGAGCUCCUGCGGCAGACGAACCUGCAGGACCUAGAAGCCGUCUUCUGCUGCGUGGGCGGCGGCGGACUCAUCGCCGGCAUCGGCAUCUACAUCAAGCGGAUAGCGCCGCACGUCAAGAUCAUCGGCGUCGAAACCUACGACGCCAAUGCCAUGGUCGAGUCCCUGCGCAAGGGCUCGCGCGUGGUCCUGAACGAAGUUGGCCUCUUCGCCGACGGCGCCGCCGUCAAGACUGUCGGCGAGGAAACCUUCCGCAUCUGCCAGGAAGUCGUUGACGAGGUCGUCCAAGUCACUACUGACGAGACCUGCGCCGCCAUCAAAGACAUGUUCGAGGACACGCGCUCCAUCGUCGAGCCCGCAGGCGCCCUCGCCCUCGCCGGCCUCAAAAAAUGGGUCAAGCGCAACCCGAGCCCCAACGCCAACCGCGGCCUCGUCGCCAUCGCAUCUGGCGCAAACAUGAACUUCGACCGCCUCCGCUUCGUCGCCGAGCGCGCCGCCCUCGGCGAAAACAAGGAAGCCCUCAUCUCCGUCACCAUCCCCGAGCAGCCCGGCGCCUUCGCCAAGCUCGUCUCUAUCGUCCAUCCUCUAGGCGUCACCGCCUUCAAUUACCGCUACUCCUCCGCCCAGGCCGCCAACAUCCUCAUCGGUGUCGAAAUGAAAGCCCACACCCGCUCCACAGACCUGCCCGACCUGCUCGCCCGCCUUGCCGCAGAAGGCAUGACCGCCAUCGACCUCUCGCAAGACGAGCUUGCAAAGAGCCACAUCCGCUACCUGGUCGGCGGCCGCAGCGACGCCGCCGACGAGCACAUGUUCAUGUUCGAGUUCCCUGAGCGCGGCGGCGCGCUGUACAAGUUCCUGAACACCAUGCAGCCCGGCAUGAAUAUUAGUCUUUUCCACUACCGCAACUACGGCGGCGAUGUUGCCCGGAUACUGGCGGGCAUCCAGUGCAAAAAGGAGGAGUACGCCGAGCUGGAAAAGUUUCUGAGAGACAUCGGGUACCCGUACAAGGAUGUCACGCAGAGCGAGAGUUAUAAGCAGUUUUUGAGGUCGUGAGUGAGGAUAGAAGAGGGACUGGCGACUACGAGAACUUUCUUGCAGCGUUGAGGCGUUUGGGGCGUUCAUAAUGUGGGGGGUUGGAUGUUGCAUAUCCUGGGUUGGUCUGUCGCUUUCGGCGCAUAUAUGCAUACGUGCGGAGAUAUGAUUGCAAUCUCAAUGUUUUCAAUCACUUGACUUGGACUUUUUUGCAGUGAACGUGUAGACUGAAGGCCACCGUGGGAUGGAGGAGA